UUCGCAGCGGCCAGCGGGGUGAUGUCGUGUGCCGUCUGGUCCAGACGAGUUCGAGCCCGCACCGCGGCUUCUGGUUUCCGGUAAAAACCCUAGCUCGCGCUCCAGGGGAUCAGGAGCGGAAGGGGAGAACUGAUAAGAAGAUGACGACGACGAGGGAGCCGCGCGAGCCGUCUCGGCGCGAGGACCGCGACUCGCACGGGAGGCGCCACCACUCCUCAUACAGGUCGCGACGGGACGACCCCAGCCCGAGGAGGUGGAGAGAUGACAGGAGGCAUGAAUCAGACAGGAGCCAGUACAGACGUCGCGCCGAAGAAAGUGCCAAUGCAGGCGACCGUGAUGAGAGGAGGAACAGGCCCUUGCAGGAUGCUGCGCAGCGCAAUGAUCCUUUGCCCGCGGAGGGGAAGCCGCUGAGCGAUACAAAAGAGGACCCUCCCGUGAGGCAUGAGAUCUCCCCUAGGGGAACCAAGCGGUUUUCCGAGACCAGAGAGUCCUGGCGGCCUCGAUCUUCCUUCUUUCAGCAUGAUGAACGUGACAGUGCUGGCCAACGUGGUCGACGUGUUGAUCGCCAAGGUAGUGAAUAUGGAAGACAAAGAGAUCAAAAAGAACAUCUUGGUGAUAGAGAUAAACACAAGUCCGAGGGACAUGGUUUGCAGGGAAAGGCUGAGCAGGUUCACCAACAGAGUGAUGUGGAGUCUACAUGGAAGCAUGAUGGAUUUUUCCAGUUGGAGGAAGAAGCUCCUGCUGCCAAGAGGAGGCCAGCAUUUAGGGAGAUGGGAAUGCCACUUGAGGAGCAAGGAUCUGCCUCUGUUACAGAACCGGAUUCAAGAUCACGUAAACCUGAUCAACCUGGGCUCUCUGGAAUGGGAGAAGAAAGGAGAAGUCACCACUCACGGGAAUUCGUAAGGCCAGAUGAUCGGGGUACCAGGUGGGGUUUUUCUGAUUACAGGAGUGCUGGUCAGAGAAAUGGCUAUGAUUCAAGGGGGCGUUUUGCUGGUAGAGGGGGAAGAGGCAGAGACAGGUUUAACAACUCAUAUGACGGGAGAAACAUGUAUCAGGCUGCUGGUGAUCAAGAAGAAAAAUGGAAGCAUGACCUUUAUGAUCAGACAAACAGUACCCCAGCCCCGCUGACUGAAGAAGAGCAGAUUGCAAAAGUUGAAGCAUUGCUGUCACUGUAGUUAAUUGUUGCCUGGAGUGAUUUUCGUUGACUAGGUGACGGUUAUGUUUUGCAUUGUUGUCAGUUGUUUGGGAUGGCUAGAUGGCCAUGUACUUGGUUUCAUUGGCAUGAAAUGUUGACUAUAUGGCUGUGACACAGCUUGAAUCUGGCAUCUUAUCUAGAAUUUUUAUUUGGAUGAUGUUUUGUUCUCCACUUUAAUUGAAUCUAAGUGUCUGUACUGAAUAGUAUCAGUUCACUUCAUGUAGGAUCCAUGGAACUCAUUGCUGGAUUCAAUAUGUUCUCUUCUUCCUUUUGGAGUGAAGUGUCUGUAACAAAACAGUAUGAGUUCCUGCAUCGAUGGAUCAAGUAUGUUCAACAUGCAAAAUACUCAUUGAAUUUGUAUCUGUUCCAAUAUGUUGCAAAUUUA